CGAGACAACACCCGGAACCAUGUUACUAGUGGCUGCUCUGCUGCCGGCCAUUUUCCUGAUGAGUUUUGUCGGGUUUGUGCUCUACGUGAUCUACCAGCACAAACGGUUUGCGCACUUCCCUGGCCCACCACGAAGCGACUUCUUCACCGGUCACGUGAGGCAGAUUAUUGCCGGCAUUGACCGUGGAUCUUCCCUGGCAGAAUACCUAACCGACCAAAUGAGAGCUUAUGGCCUGGUCUACCAUCUUUUCAUGUUCUACAAACCGGUGGUGGUGGUCCUCGAGCCAAACUUCUUAAAGGAAGUUUUGCAUUCCACGACACACACAAAGCCCCCGCAGGAGGCUAAGACGUUCUGGAAUGUCUUCGGUCAGCGGUUCGUCCACCAUGGCCUGCUGAUGGAAACCGACGUGCCGAAAUAUCUCAAGCGGCGAGCACUCUUCACCCCUGCUUUCCAUCGGCAUUAUCUGAUGAACCUGAUGGAUUCGUUCAAUGAGAGUGCAGACAUUCUAAUUAAGAAGUUGGCCAUGAGGGCCGAUGGCAAGACCAAGGUUUUCAUGUUGGAAGAGCUCAACCGAGUAACACUUGAUGUCAUCGCCAAGGUUGCCUUUGGGUUACAUCUCAAUAUUACCUCCGACGACAACUUGCCCCUUACAAAAGCUGUGAAAACGUCCUUCAUUGCCAUUAACAGGUGUUUUCUUCAACCGUGGAUAAAGUACAGUUUCCUCCCGUCCCAUCGUCAGUUCAGGCAGGAAGUUCGGAGUGCCAUCCGCUAUCUUCGGGAGACAGGACGGAAGUGUGUCCAAGGGAGGCUGGAUGCCAGGAAUAGAGGGGAACAGCUCCCUAAUGACAUCCUGACCUACAUCCUGGAUGCAUCCAAGAACCUCGAGGCGGACGCCGAUUUCAAAAUGGAAGAAAUGCUGGACGAGUUUGUCACUUUCUUUAUUGCUGGCCAAGAGACAACAGCCAAUCUGAUGGCAUUCAUGUUACAUGAGCUAGGACACCAUCCAGAAAUCAUGCUCAGAGUGGUGACAGAAGUGAACGCCGUUCUCGGUGAUAGGGACUAUGUAGAAUAUGGGGAUCUUGCGAAAUUUGAAUACAUGUCCCAGGUAAUCAAAGAGACACUUCGCCUUUGGCCGCCUGCGUUUGGAACCAACCGUUUGAUGGCCUCUGACGUAACCGUGAAGGGAAUGAAGAUUCCCGCGGGAACUGUGGUUUGGCUAAACACCUACGCAAUGGGACGGAUUGAGUCGCACUUCAAGGAUCCGCUGGUUUUUAACCCUGAUCGAUUCCAUAAAUCCGAAAGUGAGGACAGACCUGUGUACGCUUACUUCCCGUUUUCCAUGGGUACUCGUUCGUGCCUUGGACAACAAUUCGCACUGAUUGAAGCUCGACUUAUUAUGGCCCGCCUGCUACACAACUUCGAGUUUAAGCUGUGUCCUGGACAACCCCGCGGAGACAUCGUGCAGCAUGUGUCCCUCCAGCUUCGCGACCGAUGCAUGAACUACCUGACUCUUGCCAACCGUUAAAGGCAUUUAUGGGGCUUAGAAGUAUGAUUUGGACAAGAAUUUAAGCGGCACUUUCAUCCUAUUAGCCAUUACUUGCUGUACCAGGUAUUUUCUGCUUGCAAAAAUUUUAUUCCAAAGAAUACAUGAGGGAGCUUUGUAAUCAAUGAUUUUCCAAGGAACAGUGGAAUGUUUUGUAUUCUCAUCUUAUCAUCUCUUUAAUUAAGACUUGAUUACAAAUAAAGCUGACUAAUUAUUAAGAAACAUAAGCUGACUGUGCAGCUUGGAAGCAAUUUGAUAAUGAAGCGUAUUUUUUCAUCCUUGUGAAGUCGUUCCUGUGUUUGGAGCUAGCUUGAACAUGUGUCCUUGUGUGAGUUAUAUGUUUUCAUUUAGAUGUUUUGACUGUAAUCUAUCUCAUGAUUGCAUUUGUAAAUCGCCCUUUCAGGGACAGUUAACACUUAUCAUCAUGGAGAGUUAAACUAACCAUUUCUUCCGAAGAUCUAAUGACGGUUUUGAGGAACAACUUUUGUUCAUGGCACACCUUACCUUCAGGCUUCAUUUCUGGUCGUGCAGUGGUGUUAUGCAGCCACCAGCGGCGGAACGAUUUUCAAA